AUGGAAGACAGAAAAAGGCCGUUUGACCAGGUGGAACUGGAACAGUUCCAACCUUCUAAAAAACCACUAGAGACGCUAAGCGACAGCGGGCCGUUGACCCAGCAGGAUGUGGUGUACUUCAAGAAAGAAGCCAUUUGGCGCCAGAUGCGAUACUACAAGUUGCAGGUGUCUGAGUUGACCCGCGAACUCUCCAAGUAUGAAAAACGUUUCCAAACUUACGUGGCAGUGCAUCUGCUUCUAGAGGCAUGGUACCGCCAAGUUAUCCGAGUAUGCGGCAACCAGAAGCCUCGGCCGUUAGAUUUGGCUGGCUCUGCUGACGAAAUUGGAGCCAUUCUAGACGAAAGACGAGAUACCUUGGCCAAAUUGUUGAAACCUCUUGUAGCCGCCAAUGAGGACGCAGACGCCGACUUGCUUGAUGCAGUGAAGUUGGAGGCUGAAAAGCAACUGGCUGAGCAGCUCAAGUCCCUGUUGGAAGACCAGCUUUUGACGUUACAAACAAAACUUCAAACUUUGCAAAAGGUGGAGAACCGCAAAGAAUCGGCCACUUUAAAGCGGAUGCAAGAUGGGGCACAGGUUAAAAAGGAGGAGCCAUCCAGUGCAUCCAACGGCGAUAAAAAUGGUAGCCUGACCAAAGAGGCUAAAGCGGGACAGGAAGCAGCCUCCUCUGCAGAGAAAGAAGAGCUCGAAAAGAUGAAGAUCGAGUAUGAACAAUUGAAGGCUGGGUAUACCUCAAUCGAAACCCAGUUCAAAGAUGUCAAUUUGAAGUUGGCGGAAGCAGAAAAGUCCAACAAUGACUUAGAAGCACGUCUCAACUCCUUGACUGACGCAGACUUGGCCAAGUGUUCACGUCAUGUCUCCUUGGUUGACCAUAACAAAUCUUUGACAGAAAGCCUUGCGCAGGUCAACAAGCUCAAAGACGAGUUGGUUGAGAAGCUUCGGGAAACGGAGGAAAAAGACGGCAACUUAAGAAAGAGAGUAAACAAGGAGUUGGAGGACGAGAACCACCAGCUCCGGGAAAACCUAAGUAAGACUGAGGCUGACUUGGUCCGUAUCCGAACAGCCCGAGACGAGCUCUUGGGCAAACAGAAUAUCUUGAAACAGGAGAUUGAAAACAAAAAGACCAACGAGGAAGUGACCAAAUUGAAUGUGGUUUUAAACGAUCGACUUAAGAAACUUGAAGAAUCGAGACAAAAUGAAUACAAGGUCGAUGAUGUGGCCAACUUGGAGCUGUUGGAAAAGCUGGAGCUCAUUCAGAGACUUCAAAUCUUGAGUGGGGAAGUGAAAGAUAUUGAGAAGGCGUUCCAGGACACCCGAAACAUUCUGUUGGAAAAAUUGAAAGAGACUGUUGACCACGAGGGGCUUGUGAAGAAGUUGUCCAUUGAAAAGUCCAAGGCUGACCAGAAGUACUUUGCAAGUAUGCGGUUGAAGGACUCAUUGGUUUCUGAGAAUAAGAUUUUGAAGACACAGGUUGCCAAGUCACAGGAGUUGGUAGUGAAGCUUAACGAAUUGGAGAAGGGCUACUUGAGCAAGAUCGAUCUUUUGACAAAGAGCGUGAAUGAUCUUCGAAUGAUUAAAGAGGGAUCGAUACAUGAGACAGCCAAGCUCCAAGAGAAUCUCAAACACUUGGGCAAGGCUCGCGAAGUAGCCUCCAGAGAGGCGCACCAGUUGAAAACAGAUAUUAGCGAGUUGAAGAAGGAAAAGAGCGAUUUGGCCAGCGAACUUAAGACGAGAAAGAUUGCAGAGAGCAAACUUGAGGCCAAGCUUCGGGCUACGGAGAAUUUGCUUCUGAAAUACAAGCUGAACAAUACUUCUUCGAUUCUCCAGGAGGACGAAAAACAGUUGGAGGCACUUCGGUCCAUUACCAAGUGUUCUGUUUGCUCUAAGCAUUGGAAGAACACAGUGAUUACUGCGUGUGGGCAUGUUUUCUGUGAUGGUUGUGUCCAAGAGCGUCUUGCCGCACGUCUUAGAAGGUGCCCUACGUGCAACAAGGGAUUUUCUUCGAAUGAUUUGCUUUCGAUUCAUCUUUAG